GUUUAUUCGAUAUAAAUUAAUAUUAACAACAACAACAAUAAUAAAAUAAAAAAAUAUAUAUACAUAUAUAUGUAUAUAUACAUAUAUAUAUAUAUAUAUAUAUAUAUAUAUAUAUAUAAGGAAUUGAUCUCAUCGAAGCCGAUCUUGAAAUAUCGCCGUGCUUUGCGUUCCGCCGAUCUUCUUCUUCUCGGCGUCAACAUAUAUACGCGCCCCUUUUUUCAACUCAACGAGAACUAAAUUUAAAUACAUACUAUCUGCUCGUAUUCUUUUUUUGGACACGAUGCCAGACAACGCGAGCUCCGAAAAGGAGAAGCAUAUGAAGCAAUUGAAGAGAAAAAUGGAAUGCUGGCGCGAAGUCGUUCUUCCAUUAAACUCUAUUUUGUUGUGGGAAAGACCUUGGUAUCCUGCAUUAAUUCUUGGCCUUACUACGACUGUAUUUUGUAUGAUUUGGAUGUUGGAACCAGCAUUACUCACGUUAAUAUCUCUGUCCUUACUUGUACUGGCUCUUAUUGAUUACUUUGUCCCAACUAUUAUUUCUAUUUUUUGUACGGCUGAUAGUUGGACAGGACAAAAAGAAAAGAAAUUAAAUGAAAUUUGUCAUGAUCUAUCUGAGGCAAUUCUUCAAUUACAAAGUUUAUGGAGAUCCGUUGUUAAUAUACGUAACAGUCGUCCCAAUUUAUAUUAUGGAACAAUUAUGAUCUUUCUGAUGCUUUUUGCAUGGCUUGGAAAUACAAUUAAUAAUCUUCUUUUAUCUUAUCUAGCAGUUAAUGCUGUCUUACUUACACCGGGAUUUAAAUACAAGGGAAGAGCGCGAUCCGCCGUAAAAUACAUUCACAAUUAUUUAAUUCAAGAAAAAUUAUCAUAAAACAUUGGUCUCCGUGCAUGUAUUAUUUAUUCUUCAUUCUCUUCAUACACUUCGUUUGAUGCAAUUAAAUUAGUGUUAUUUAUAAUGUACAUGCUAUCUAAUGGUAUAUCGCAAUGGUUUAUAUACAUUUAAUUGUAUUACUUUUUAAAGGAAAAACCAAAGCUCUCUGUUUUCUAAAAAUAUUAUAAUGGACACUUUCCAUUUAUUGAUUGCAAAUUAAUAUUAAACGACUGAGAGUAACAUAAAUGGAAAGCAUCCUAUAUAUA